AUGGGAAAUGCAUGUUAGGCGACACAAGAUAGUCUCCCCACAGAAAUCAGUGAUGAAUCUACAGGACCUCAAACUGUAAAGGAGACAACUGAUAGAGUGAUAUUUAACGAGAUUUAUAAAAUGGAAAACGUUGAGGUUCCAGAUAAAUCAUACUCAUCGCCAAUUCUAAUACAUCUUCAACUCAUCAAUCUUGACUUGAUUGAACCUGAUUAGUUUAUCCCUUAAAUUAAAUCAAGCAGAAGAACUUUGAGUUUUGUUACAGAGAGAACUUAGAAACAGAUAGGUAGAAGUAGAACAUCUUCUCAUAAACUUGAUUCAGACACAAUAUCAAUGACAAAAUAACCGAUCAAACCCUCGUUAAAAUCCCUCAAUUCUAGGAAAGGCAGCUCUAACAAAAGCCAAAAGUCAGUAAGAUGGGAUAGUGAUUUAAGUGUUUUCCUUAAUUUAACUCACUAUCAAAAUUAUUAGAUAUGA